CCUGUGGCUCCCGGCCUCCGGAAGUGAGCGAGAGUCGGCAAAGUUAUUUGUUGUCGCCGGAAGUGUGGAGGGUACCGCGCUGCCGGGGGAUGGCUGCUGAGGCUGAUAAGCUGCAGGUGGACAGCCGGGAAGAGGGGGAGCGGCCGCCGGCCACGGCCACUGAGCUGGCCGCCCAGAAGCGCGAACAGAGGCUGCGCAAAUUCCGGGAGCUGCACCUGAAGCGGAAUGAAGCUCGAAAGUUAAAUCACCAAGAAGUUGUAGAGGAAGAUAAAAGACUUAAAUUGCCCGCAAACUGGGAAGCUAAAAAAGCUCGUCUGGAAUGGGAGCUACAGGAAGAAGAAAAGAAAAAAGAAUGUGCAGCAAGAGGGGAAGACUACGAGAAAGUGAAGCUGCUGGAGAUCAGCGCAGAGGACGCGGAGAGAUGGGAGAGGAGAAAGAGGAGGAAAAGCCCCGACCUGGGAUUCUCAGAUUAUGCUGCUGCCCAGUUACGCCAGUAUCACCGGCUGACCAAGCAGAUCAAACCUGACCUGGAAACAUACGAAAGACUGAGAGAAAAACACGGAGAGGAGUUCUACCCAACAUCCAGCAGUCUUCUUCAUGGAACACACGUGCCUUCCACAGAAGAAGUUGAUAGGAUGGUCAUAGAUUUGGAAAAGCAAAUUGAAAAACGAGACAAAUAUAGCCGGAGACGUCCUUAUAAUGAUGAUGCAGACAUCGACUACAUUAAUGAAAGGAAUGCUAAAUUCAACAAGAAAGCAGAAAGAUUCUAUGGGAAAUAUACGGCUGAAAUUAAACAGAAUUUGGAAAGAGGAACUGCAGUCUAAUCUCCUUCAGGAACUGUUUUCACUGCCAAAUUAUAACAGUAAAUCAGGGCUCUAUUAGCUUUCUUUUUAUAAUUUGUAAAGAAGUGUGCUUUGACUAUUCAUUUUCCUGCUUAUUUAUUACUCACUCGUUUCAGAAAAAAUAUGUCUUGUAUUUUCUGUAUUCAAAGUGUGUGCUUCAUGUGUGUACCCUGCUGGGCUUUAAAUUCCUGGCUACAAACAUGUGAAUCAUCAUCCUUAGAUUGAUCUUUUUGGACUUGACCUACAGUUGAACUUGGGAGCUUCAGAGACAGAAUGCUAAAUUGGCACUAACUGUUCUUGUAAACUAUGGCAGGUGGUGAAAGGAAGGGGACAGUGGCUACUGGAAAUCACCUUCACACACACCGCCGGAAGCAGUCACAGUUAACAAGUGCUUGCCUGCCCCCUGCUCCACGCCAUGGCCCACGUACACUUAUGGGGCAAGCACAGAAGGUAGGAAACUGAUUCUCUAAUGACAUUUUGUAAAUACACCACUUUCAAAACGCAAAUUUCCCUUGGAAGAAGGUAAAUUAAAACAUUUGGUCAAAGGACUAUUAAACAUAAUACAAUCUUUUCUCAAA